AUGAAGUCUAUCCUGUUCUUUAGUGUUCUAAUUGGGUAUAUAUUCUGCCAGAAAACGUUCAUUGGAGACCAGGUUCUUGAGAUCACACCAAGGAAUGAAGAGCAAGUUAAAAACUUAAGGCAACUGGAAACAGAAGCUCACCUUCAGCUUGAUUUCUGGAGGCCCCUUCGCACUGCAGGGGAGAAGGUACAUGUCCGAAUUCCCUUUUCCAGACUGCAGGCAGUCAAAAUUUUCUUGGAAUCCCAUGACAUUCCUUAUUCCAUCAUGAUUGAAGAUGUGCAGGUUCUGCUGGACAAAGAGAAUGAAGAGAUGCUUUUUCAUCGAAGAAAAGAAAGAAGUAGCGGCUUUGAUUUUGGAACCUACCAUACCUUGGAAGAGAUUUUCCAAGAAAUGGACAACCUUGCCGAGCAGUACCCAGAUCUAGUGAGCAAACUGCAAAUCGGAUAUUCUUUUGAAAAACGGCCCAUAAAUGUGCUUAAGUUUAGCACUGGAGGAAACAAGCCUGCCAUCUGGUUAGAUGCUGGCAUCCACGCCCGAGAGUGGGUUUCCCACGCUACAGCAUUGUGGACAGCCAAUCAGAUUGCGUCUGAUUAUGGAAAGGACCCAUCAAUCACAGCCCUUUUGGAUACAAUGGAUAUCUUCCUCUUGCCCGUUACAAACCCAGAUGGAUAUGUCUUCUCUCACACCGAAAAUCGCAUGUGGCGGAAGACGCGGUCCACAAUUUCUGGAAGCCUCUGUGUUGGUGUUGAUCCAAACCGGAACUGGGAUGCAGGCUUUGGAGGACCUGGAUCCAGUGACAACCCCUGCUCUGACUCAUACCAUGGACCAAGUGCCAACUCAGAAGUUGAAGUGAAAUCCAUUGUGGACUUCGUUAAGAGCCAUGGAGAAAUCAAAGCCUUCAUCACCCUCCACAGCUACUCCCAGCUGCUCAUGUACCCCUAUGGCUAUAAAUGCACUGUGUCAAAAGACUUCAACGAGCUGAAUGAAGUGGCCCAAAUAGCUGCUGAGGCUGUGACAUCCCUUUAUGGCACCACGUACGAAGUAGGACCGAUCUGUUCUAUCAUCUACCAGGCCAGUGGAGGAAGCAUUGACUGGACCUAUGACUAUGGCAUCAAAUAUUCCUUUGCCUUUGAACUGAGAGACACUGGUCACUAUGGCUUCCUUCUGCCAGUCAAUCAGAUUCUCCCCACUGCAGAAGAGACAUGGCAGGGCCUCAAGAAGAUCAUGGAGCAUGUUCGAGACAAUCCAUACUAG